CUUAAUCGAUAUUUUAUGGUUCGUAAAAUGCAAAAUAUACAACGAAGGAUGAAAGUUUGUUUAAAAAAUGGAAUUUAUACAUCGCGCGAUAGUUCUGAUAUAGGCUAUGUUGAUCAAACAAACUCAAGGAUACGAUUACGUGAUGGUAGAGAUCAUGUUUGGAUGUCUCCAUUUAUGGAUUCCAAUGUCAUAAAUGUAUCCUCAGUUCAAGACAAGUCAUAUGAAAAGUUUAAUACUCCAUUAAAAGGUUUUAUCGAUAAUGCAAAGGACAUAAAAGGGGUGAAGGAUAAACAUAGUCUAAAUCAACCAGCAAAAAUAGGCAUCACAAAUAUUAAACAGACACAACAUAUACCACCAAAAAUUCAAAAAAUAUUAAUGCCGAGAAACAAUACCAAAUUAAGUUAUCCGACAUUAAUUACUCCUGAAUGUUUACGCCGAUGGUGAGGGUGGAAAUCAACUCGCCCUGCAUAAAGUCACAUACGACUUGGUAGUCUCCAGGUGAC